CAAAAUCGUGUCCAAAUGAGUUACGUCACUUCGAGUGCCAAUGAGUUGGGCCAUAAAAAUUUAAGUACACCCUGGCUGAGGGUGUACCAGGAAAGAAAAAAAAGAAAAAAACUGGUGGGCAGAGAAAUUAUGAUACCAGUUCUUUUUUAUUACUUAUAAUGGCCGCCCGUAUUGUUAGCUCUCAAGUCGCUGCUUCUGUAAAGCGUGCUGGUGCUCGUUUCCAAUCUACCACUGCUCAAAACAGCAGUUUCCUUGCUGAACGUGAAGCUGUCAAGAAGCAUGCUGCUGAAUCUGCUGAAACCUGGAAGAAGAUCACUCUUUUCGUUGCCAUUCCUUCCCUCUUUGCUGCUGGUGCCAAUGCCUACAACAUUUACCACGCUCACCAUGAACACCAAAAGCAUCACCCUAAGGAAUGGGUCAAAUACCCUUACAUCAACUUCCGUGCUAGAGAUUUCUUCUGGGGCAAGGAAGCUCUUUUCUUCAACCCUAAAGUCAACCUUUCUGCUAGCGAAUAAGCAACCCUUUCUUUGAAGUAAAAAGCCAUUUCUAUAUAAAAAUGAAUCACAAAGACUUUCUUCAUUUUGUCAAAAAUAUAUUUUCUAGAAAUUGUACCACUUGUAAA